AUGUGUUCACUGAGCUUGACAAGGAUUCAGUCUCUUGAGAGUCUGGAUGAAUUCCAAGUUUAUGUGAUCAGUGUAAAUGGUGAUGAGAGAGAAUUGCUCCAGCCCCAAUGUCGGAAGCAUCUACUUCAAGGAAGAAGGGUUGCAGAAGGUCAGGAUGUCAGAGGACAGGAUCAGAGGCAAAUGAAUCCUUCAGGGACUGAAAGGACUCCAGAGCAUGAUUAUGCAGACAUUAGGUUUUCCUCCUUGCGGAUGAGAGCCAAGACAGGAGCGAUACAGGAAGAUAACCCCUUGUCACAAAUCUGCAUGUUGUUUUCCACAGGUACUGACGGUCAAACACCAGGUUAUAUUCUGUAUGCCCUGCGUUUAGAGACAGUGACAUCUGGUCUCUGUGUGGAAAUUCCCUGUAGAUUUACCAUUCCUGCCAGUAGAACUUUAUCUACAACUGUCACAGGGAUUUGGAGGAGAACAGACACUUCCAACAUAGUUGCAGCCUCUACAGAUGCCUCUAAGGUUUCUGUGAGAACAAAAAGCCGAUUCUCCUUGACUGGGAAAGUACAUGAAGGAGACUGCUCAUUCUCUAUCAGUAACGUACAACAAGGAGAUCAAGGGAAAUAUGAAUUCCGUUUUGAAGACGGAGACCAUAAAUAUUCCUAUCAAUGGAACAGGCUCAACUUGAUCGUGACAAAUCUAUCAGAACCUACUAUAUCCCCUGUAGGGAAGCUGAUCGCUGGGAAGCAAAUUACACUGACUUGUACGUCUCAUCCAACAUCUCAAGAGUGCAAGGGAAACAUCACAUGGGAAGGAACCGUAAACAUAGAGAACUCAUCCAACUAUGAAAGGGAGGAUGAGGAUGGUAAAGUCUCCUCUGUAUCAAAUAUAACUUUUACUCCAUCCCAGAGAGAUCACAAGAGCUCACUAACAUGUACAGUGACUUACAGUGGGGUCUCCACUAACAGCAGCAUCAGCCUGAAUGUUGAGUCUCUCCCACAUGAGAAGAUUAUGAACCAUCUUAAUGUAUUAAUAAUACGUGGAAUUUCCAUCAUAGUCCUCUCUGGUAUUAUAGCAGUGACAGCAGUUUUGGUGAUGAGAUGCAGAAAGAACUCAUCCGCCUCCAGAGUGGCAACACGUCCUGCCAACAUCACUUCCAGUUUUCUGGUAUUAGAGGUGGAGAGGAACCAAAGAGAAGUUCUGGACAAGCAAAGGGGUCAGAUCGUUACCGAGUUAGGACGGAAGGCAACACCAGCACACCAAGAGACAACCGAGAAUAUAGCGGAGUCCAUCAGGCAUAAGUUGGUCCAGGCAGAGGACAAGCAAGGAUAUAAUGGACCAUAUGAAAACAAAUCUGUGGCUAUGAUAGAGGGAGACACAAACCUUAUCCGAUGUGAAGUCAACAGCAACCCAGUGACUAAUGUUUCCUGGAAGAGAAGAGAUGACAUUUUUAGUGCAACAUCUGGGCAGGGUCUGACUCUUGCACUUAGCCCAGAAUACUCAUGGAUCCACCACUGCUACUGUUAG